AUGAGACUAUUUAUCUUCCUUGCUAUACUUUCAACAGCCUAUGCUACAGAAGACAUAUUUGCAAUUCGAGACCUGAUAACUUUGUUGACAAAUACGACAGAACAAGCUCAACUUCGACUUCUAAUGAGAGAUCAGAAGACACCGCGAUUUCAGAUUGAGGCACAAGUUCAAGAAAUCGUGGCUCGACAGCCGGAAUAUGUUCAGAAAUUAUAUCAUGCUCUUCACAUGGAACGCCAAUGUCAGGUGGAACUUCGAUGGAUCCUACAUUUGGCAGAUUUGCACGAAAGAGGAGGUAUGAGGAUGGAAACUAUACAUUAA